AAAACAUCAUUCAGUCUUGUGCUAUCGCUUCCAGUUUAGUUGUGCAAAAGUCAUUCCAUGUUUUAGAGACUGCGUUUUUUCGAAUUUAAUCUUAUUUCUUCCUUCGCUUGUCGAUGUCUUCCCUGCUCAGUUUGCUUCCAUUCCGGGUAUCCCAAGGAUUGACAGCGGCCUAUUUUACCGUUACUAGCUGGAGUUUCCGUCAAAGAUCUACCCUGGUACAAACGACCGAAAUGGCGAGCCUGACGGUGAAAAAAAUUCCAGCCCUCAAGGACAACUUCAUGUAUUUGGUGGUUUGCAACGAAACGAAGAACGCAGCCAUUGUCGAUCCCGUCGAGCCGGAUCGGGUUUUGCAGGUGGCCAAAGAGUCUGGUGUAACUUUGAACAAAGUGUUAACCACGCACCAUCACUGGGAUCACGCCGGUGGAAACGCAGAUUUGUUCAAGCGCUAUCAAAACGACCCAUCCUUAGGCCAACUGUCCAUCUACGGGGGCAACGAUGAUCGUAUCGAUAACCUGACCCAUCCUGUGGGACAGGACGAUUCGCUGGAGAUUGGGAAACUGAAAGUGCGCUGCAUAUCUACGCCUUGCCACACCAGUUCUCACAUUUGCUACUAUAUAGAAACACCGGAAGAUAAGGUAGUGUUCACCGGAGAUACCCUAUUCCUGGCCGGUUGUGGACGCUUCUUCGAGGGAACUCCUCAGCAGAUGUACGAUGCUCUGAUCACAAAACUGUCGGCCCUGCCCGAUGACACGAAGGUGUACUGUGGCCACGAGUAUGCCCUGAACAAUUUGAAAUUCGCCAACACGGUCGAGCCGAACAAUCCGGAUAUCGCUCAGCUACUAAAAGUAGCUAAAGAAGCAGACCUGGAAGGACGUCGGGCCAUGGUUCCGUCCACAAUCGGUCAAGAAAAGAAAACCAACGUAUUUAUGCGGGUGCAUGAGCCCAGCGUGCAGAAGUUUGUCGGGAAGAGUACACCGUUGGAUACGAUGCAGGCGCUGCGUGCCGCCAAGGAUGUGUUCUAGAGGGAACCAAGACUUAUCAAGGUAUGUUGGUUUUGGGUUAUUUUCAUAGUUAUUGAGCUUAGCUCGUUUAUUUCAUCGUUCUAAAAAAUUUACAAUGCCUUCUUGUUUGGGAUAACAAUAAAAUAAUAUAAAAAUA